UAUUGUGGUGCAUUGAAUUGUGGGAGCCACAAUUAUGCAAGCCGCACUAGUUGCUACCGAUGUGGAAUGAUCAAAGUCGAGUACACAGAACAGUACUACGGAGCUCAAAUGGUUGCUUACGGGAAUGAUGGCGCGGCUUGUCCUCCCGGCUGGAAAACUGGCGAUUGGGUUUGUCCCAGAGUCGGCUGUGGGGUUCACAACUACGCAAGCAGGGCAGAAUGCUUCAAAUGCAAGACAACAAGAGAUUAUG